CACAGCAAUUCGGAGCCCUAGCAACACACCAAUUGUUUGGGUUGCCAGAAAGGUAAAUGAUUUCCCUCAAGGAUACAGUCCACAGCGAUCGCGUACAUAAGAGCCGUCGUUGCAGCGAUCAACUGGUCAGCGGUGAAAUUCGUCGGCAUUUGGUAAACAAACAUGGCGGAUCGGCAGUUGUGGUUGUAACGGCCGCUUGCUUCACAAAAAAUGGGAAGUGUGUCCAGGGAAUCCUUUACUUUGUAGCGGAGGACUUUGUUACGAAUUUUUUUUAUUAACUUUGCAAGAAAGAGUGAUGCUUGGACAGAAUGGGCGCGAAGCGAACAAGAAGAAUAACCAUCUGGCAAACCUUGCCCCUGAAGAAUUUCACACGUGUUUAUUUUCGACCCAUGCCAGAUUGUGAUAUUUCUCGCCGACUUUGAAGUGACCACAGCUUUUCAAUACGAUCAAAGCAAAAGUCCCACCAGAUUUGAAUUUGGAAGCGUCUGUUCGCGGUGUGACAUUCAUAUCUCCACGUGUUUUACCGUGAUCGUCCUUGGCGUCCGUUUUAACUUUCAGUUUCGUCCUGUUCAGCUGAGUUCUGUUUAGUUUUGAUUUCCGAAAAUGCCAAAGCACAGGUACGUUGUUGUUGACUGGGGAUCGUGGGGAGUGGAGGCGCAGAGUUCCUCGAAGAUCAUCGUUCGUGAUCCCUUCAAUGUGAGAGAAGGAGAUGAAUGUUCACUGCAAGGAACAGAUCCAGCGACAAAGAGACCCAUGUUGUUUCAGGGACAUGUUCUUGCAGUAUUUGGUGAGUUUAUACACCCAGUAUUUUUCUCAAUUACAUUGAUUUUCGUUUUGAAGUGCUACAAAUGGUUGGUAAACCCGUUUUCUUUCGAAUUCCUUGGUUUGAUCUUCGAAUUGCGGUGAUUUCGCCAACGAGUGAUUUCGCCAACGUCACGUUCGCCAACGUCCUUGUUUGCUUCGCCAACGCGAUGAAUCGCUUGCUGGUCACUUCGCCAACGCCAAAUGUCUAGUAAUAACUUAGUAAUAGCUUAGUAAAAAGGGUGCUUACUGAUACUUCGGAUAUAAUGCUGAUACUUGGGUCAGAACAAUUUUAAGUUAAUGCUAGUUUCGCUUGGCUGACUUCCAAACAAUUUGCAUAUUUUUGACAGAUCCAGCAAAAGCCGGCGUGUGAGCACUAACAUCGCGGUAAUUUAAAACUGUUGAAUAACAAACUCCGAUGGCUUCCAAAUGUGUUCCAAAAAUGUAUAACUCAAAAUUUUACUUGAAAAAUGCGUUACGAUGUGAAUUAACGAGUUAACAUUUUUCAGAAACAAUCAGAGUUUGUUUUCCAGCCUUCAAAACGAGUCAGAAAUAAAAUAUAACAUGUAUAAUAUCAACAACAUUUUAAUAACAAUACGUACUUUUAUAAAUAUUUACAAGUGCAAAAUAUUUUAGUGGAAAACCUAUUUACAAAAUGCACGGAUUUUAAGUAAGUUCAUUUUAAGUAAGUUCACUGUCAGAUGAUAUAAGAAACUAAAUAACAUUGGUCACGGUUCAGUUUUGGUCAGCGUUAUGAGUUUUUUUUUACUUUUAGAUGUCUUCUGUUAGGUGUAAGAUAAGCAACAACAGUUGUAUAAAAGAGAAAUUAGAUCCUCCAUCAACUUAUAAUCCUGGCCCAGGUCUCUACUUUUUAGAGUAUCAGAGUAUAUAUAAGUAAAUAUAACUUACCAGUGUUACACAUUCGAUGGUUCCAGCGAAAACAUCCAUCGCACUGAACCGCUUGCUGCCGAGGCCAUACCAGUUCGUGACAAACAAUACAGUUUAAAAUCUGCGCAGUAGCCAUCCUGAUAUUAAUAGUAUUCCGAGAUAAAGGUUUCCGAGAUAAUUCGUUAUGAGUAGUAGAGUGUGUCGUAAUCGUAUGAUUGAAAUGAACAUUCUUCGCAUGCCAGUGUGUUUUAUACACUUUGAAGGAUCAAAAUAUCAUACCAGUUAGUUUCAAGCAAUUGGAUUGGUUUAUUUAGAACAAUAGGGUAAAAUUAACAAGUUUUAACACAAUGAGUUUACGCGUCUAUUCAUAUGGUAAUAUACAAGCGUGUGUUUCUUGUAAUACUUAUAUACUCUUGAUCGAAGUUAUAAUAUGCGCUGGAGUUAUAGAAUUAGUAGUAGUAGUAGUCUACAAUGUAUUUAUAUAAAUCUCUGUUCUAGAAGUCUCAAAGGUAAUUAUAUAAAUCUCUGUUAUCGACAAAUAAACCUUAUAGAAGAACUUAAGGAAAAGGUUGCACACACGCGACUUUAUUGCUCUAAGUUAAAUUCAGCAACGUACAGCGCCGGUGACGUGUGGCGUGCCAUGCAUUUAUGUGGGCCCACUGUGUUUUAAGUUGCGCGUACAAGAGAAGGAAACUAAGUCCGAACAAAAUAACGGAAGGAAACUAAGUCCGAACAAAAUAACGGAAGGAAACUAAGUUCGAACGGGGAAAUUAAGUCAGCUCAGUCAAGUAAAUAACACACAGAAGCAAGAAGAAGUAAUGGUAAAUUUUUAUUUAGAGUAAACUAAUACAUUGGCAAAGUGACCAGUAGGACAUUGGCCAAGCGACUCAUCGCGUUGGCCAAGCGACCAAAGACAUUGGCGAACGUGACGUUGGCGAAAUCACUCGUUGGCGAAAUCACCAGAUACCUGAUCUUCACAUCACUGCUCGUUAAAACAUAAAUCUCAAGAAUUUUGACUUCAAACAGGUUUUCGAUUUUGAUGGUUCUUUUCAUUCUUAGCUUUAUGUCUAUGCUCUCUUGUUAAUAUCUUUUUCAUGUCAAAACUAUAGUCAGGAGACAUUGGUCAAGUUAAUAGAGGAUGCUACCGAUGCAAAGUCAGCUGUGGAGGCACUAGCAAGGCAGCUGUUCUCAAGUGAGGAACUGCAGAAUUCAUCAGUCGCUGGCUUUCAGUGCAAUAAAGAUUAUGAAGCAAGACCAGGCCUGAGUCCAUCAAGGUGGAGCCUUUUAGAAAGUGAGUUAAUUUUUAAAGGUGUAUUUCUUUAAUUAUUUAUAUACACCUAUAUGUGCUCACUGUUUUUGGUUUUGUGUCACAGGUCUUGGCUGCAUUUCCUUGACUUUUGUUUAAAAAAUAUAUGCAUUAGACAUUGAUGGAAGCUGAAAGAAAAGUUCUAAUCAUUAUGGCCACAUGUCAAAAUACUGCACAUACAUACUGUCAUACUACAUGCUGUCAAAUGGUCAACAUUUCCAACUACAUUUGCACUUCAAAUAACAUAGGCAAACCAGCUUACAUGUAUGUGUUUACAGCCUUUUUGCCACUCAAUUAAAAUUACCUGAAGAUUCAUUUGGGAGGGUGCAGUUCAUAGAUUGUGCCAUUUGGCGCGUGGAAUGGAGUGCAAGGGAGUAUCUACAAACAGAACAAUUGCAGCCUCCUGAAUGAAUCAGCACAUAAUAUGAAUUGGGUGGCAACAAGGAUGCACACAUGUAAGCUGACUGCAUCUAUUUACUGGUUUAAAUUCAGCAAUUAAAAAUUCAGUAAUGAACAUAUGAUUAAAAAUAAUUCAAGUUCUUUCAGGAAGAGUUCCCCUGUAUAAUUUAUGUUUUUCAUGAUACAGUUUCAAAUGUAACAUGCUUUUUACUUAAACUGCUUGCAUUUACUUUUUCCUUUUUACAGGUAUUGUGCUAAGGAAAGGAUUCACUGCAGCUACAAGGUCAUCUGUGAGAAAGAAACUUGGCCUGGUUCUAAAGAAGGCCAGAGCAAAUAAAGAAAACAAGGCCAGAGCAAAUAAAGAAAACAAGGCCAGAGCAAAUAAAGAAAACAAGGCCAGAGCAAAUAAAGAAAAAAAGGCCAGAGCAAAUAAAGAAAACAAGGCCAAAUGCAUAGGACAAGAACAGAGAAAGCUCUAGGAAACAUUUUAUUGUGCAUGUUUUUUUUUUAUCAAAAAAGACAAUGUUUUUUCAGUUCAGGACAGGCAUAGCAACAAAGAAAAGACUUUAUGUAACAUAUAUUUUGGAUAAUUCAUUUUUACUGUAUAGAAUUUCAAAUAAAUUUGUUCAGGGUAUUGCUGGCAAAAAAAAGCACUAUUCUUGUUUUUGUUGGGCAUGUGGAUGCUACAAACAAAAAGCCUGUUAAGAUUCAUGGUAGAUUACAGACUUGGUCUUGUUUGAUACAUCUAAUAAAUUAGUUGCAAGUAAAAGUUAUUAUAGUCAUUAGUCAGAGUGAAUCAUCAUGA